AAGGAACAGAGAGGGAGAGGUUUGAAAUACCUUACAGCUGGUUCACGCGUAGUUGCCGGCAAAACAAGCGACAGAGAGAGAGAGAUACUUGGCACAUGAGUAGGAAAACAGGAGGUGAGAGUGAGAGAGUGCAGUGUGGGUCUCCUGGGGAGAAGCUCAUAGUCACUGUCAGGGUCUCUAAGGAAGGUAAACAUUAUCAGUCUCCGAUAUAAAGCUGCUGCACCACUGCAUGGGAACGCAGAGCAAAGGCAAAAGCUGCAGAUUUUAUUUCAAUUUAGCAGUCAGUCUAGCCAAGGGAAUAUUAUCAGUGUCGAACAGUGGUGAGCUACAGUGAUAACAGGUUGCCUGGAGUUUCUCAAAAUUUUUCUUUUGAUGCUGACAAGCCAAGACAAAGUGAAUAAAGACUGACCGAUUUAGCAGAGAAGCCUCUAAAAUGACAACUGUAGCAGCUCAGGAACUUGAUGAGUUAUGUUUCCUGUCGGCUCAGUCCAUGUCCAGCCUGAAGACAUCUGAACACUUCCAGGUGGUCAAGCUGCUGGGAGAGGGCUCCUAUGGCAAGGUCAUGCUGGCUGUGCACAAGAAGAGAGGCACUCCAAUGGCUCUGAAGUUCUUCCCACGUCAGUCUACCACUCUGAUCUCUUUCUUGCGUGAAUACAACCUCUCGCUUUCUUUCUGCACCCAUCCCUCUCUGACACGGGCUCUUGGCAUCUUCUUUUGCACACCGACCUACUAUGUCUUUGCCCAGCAGGCGGGUCUGUAUGGUGACCUCUACAGUGCAAUAGUGUCAGAGGAAGGGAUGGAGGAGGAGGGUGUCCAGAGGGUGAUGUCCCAGCUGAGCGGUGCCGUUUCACACCUCCACUCGCUGGGCUUCGUCCACCGUGACAUCAAACCUGAGAACAUCUUUCUUUGUGACCGGUCAUGUCGCUGGGUCAAACUGGGCGACUUUGGCCUUGCGCGCCCCAUUGGCACCAAAGCCCGUGCUGUCUGGUAUGACUCGCCUUUCUGCACUCCUGAGGUGGAGCCAGCCAAGAAGAUCGAGAAGGAGAGGGAAAAGAGAUACAACAAUGGGGAUGAGGAGCCAGUGGAGGAUAUGUGGAUAUCCCUGGAGUCCACCAUUGACAGCUGGGCCCUUGGGGUGCUCAUCUACUGCCUACUGACUGGCUGCUUCCCCUGGGCAGAGACUACCCACGAUGACUGUGACUACCGCAGAUACAAGGCGUGGUUUGACUGUGAGGCAAAAAAAGACGAGAUCAAGGUUGGCGAGUGGAGGAGUGAAGAGGAAACGGAUAAUAUCACAAUCAAGGAGGAGAACCAGAGGGCCAACCCUCCUCCCUCACAGUUUCAGGGCAUCAGCCCACUGGCGAUGACUCUUCUCAAGGAGCUGCUCCACCCUGAGCCCAAACACCGUGGAGGCCCUGAGGAGAUCCUCUGCUACCUGGGAGGGCCAUGGCUGAUGGAGACCGAGAGAGAGGAGAAAAGGAAAGCAGAGGAGGCAGAGAAAGAGGCCAGGAAAGUCAGGGAGGGAGGAGGGGUAGAAGAGGAGCUGGUGAGGGAGGGGAGGAGGGAGAGAUGA